AUGAAAGCCCAGCUGACUCCCUGGGUCUAUCCUUCUCAUCUCAAAUCACGUUCAACAUUCUCUAUCUCAGUUUUGCCUGAAGGUUCUCGAUCGUUCCAAAUGAAUCGCUUAGGAACAGCCACGGAGCUCCGUGCUGAGGAUCUCGUUCAAUUCCAUAUCCCAGAGUUGCGAAUUGGAGACCGAAGAACCAUAAGCGACUCCACCCAUAACAUCGAAUACCUCGCCACUCUUGUUCGCUGGAACACAUUCGAACAGGAAGUGCGCCAAGCUUUCGAAGGUAUUCAGUGGCCAACUCAUAGGGAGGUUCUUGCUUACGAACCCCCGAGAAAUGCAACCGGCAAUAAUACGUGUCAUGAACAACUCCUGUGUGGAGAUGAACAUACCACUGUGGCACGCUUUGGCCAGAAUGUGGGUCAUAUCAUGACAUCCGUAUUCCAGACCAUGAGGCUCGAUGCACGAUUUGGGGACUUUAAGACUUGUUCCGACGCGGAGGUAGGGGGGAAGGUUCCUGACAUCGUUCUUGUUGACGAUACUGGGAAACUUAAGGUAAUUGGGGAAGCCAAAACCCCAUGGAUGCACAACAUACAACUUCAAGUAGAUCAGACCGGCCAGAAGACUCUGAGGCGCUAUAUUGCAAAGCAGACGACUAUUGGCCCUAGAUGCGAUAACCCUAUGGACAGAACCAAGUGGGUUUCCGAUAAAAAGACAAGAAGAGAUUACAAAGACGAGGACUACAUAUCUCAGCCCGAACUUUCCUCUGAGGACGAUCCUGGCACUGCUAGAGCGGGAUCAAGGGCGGAACUCACUCAACCAGGAACACGGGGUCAGUCCACGCAUUUGUCAACCCAGCAGACCCUGCAAGGUACCAGUCAAGACCUGUCAUCGAAGUCAAAGGCCUCGGCAGCACAAACGCAUCAGAUGCCGAGCCAGAGCCAUGCAUCACAGUCUCAGAACUCGGCGCAACCGACUUCGCAAUCGGCUAAUCAAAGUCGGGCCUCACAGCCUCGGGCUGUCGCGCCACUGGCUCACCAAGCAAUCAGCCAGGCUCCUGCCUCACAGCUUCGACCUCCUCGACAACAGACUCAUAAUGUACACAACACGCGGUCUCGGUCUCGGAUGAGAGACAUACUGACAGCUACAAGAGACUUGAGCGUAAAUGACCCGCGCCAAAGUCAGUCUAACAGAUCCUUAAGUCAUCAAAUUGUGACCGUGCAUCAAGAUCAAGGAGGCCAUUAUUAUUACGCUGAGGCAGGUGCGCGGCACUAUGUGGCAUUGUAUGAAGACCACCAGCAUGGGCCCUACCUCGACAGAGACGGAAAACGCCAGUAUGUCAAGAUCGAGAAACACACGGUCAAGGAUGAGCUGCCCAUCAAGAUUUAUCAGUGCGCUUAUUACCUGAUAUUUUAUGAAAUCACGCUUGUGGGAUCGAACAGCCCUACUUAG